AUCUAACAAUUUGGAAGCAUGAUUCUCUUAAAAACAGAUUGUGUUUUCUGUAUAUGGCAUUGGACAACUGACUAAUACUUCAAAAGUAUAGAGUUUAUUUGAAGAUAUAGUUUUCUCUAGAAAUUUAAGUUACUUUUAGAUCAUGUUUUUUUUCUUUAAUGGUGUCAUCUUUUAUGUGGGGAAUUGGGCAUACCAGGGCAGGGGAAGAAAGCAGUACAAACUGAAUACAAUCUGCAAAUUGAACUUGGGGUUUUAACAUUGACAUUAAAACUGUUACUUGCCUUUUCAGUAUUAGAGAUUUAAAAAACACACUGAUAAACUAUGGAAAACUGUAUAGUUGCAUUUAAUCUUGGAAUGUUGUAAAAUGUUCUUUACCAACAGUGCUUUACCAGUUCCUGGGAAUUCGGAAAUCUGAAAAGCCUAUCAUCUUUUAUUAGACAAAGUGGGAUUUUCAGGAAUACCCCUUUGUAAAAUUGUCCUUUGUAUCCAGGAAUCUAACCUAACCCUAAACUUAACUCAGACCCUAAAUUGUAACCUUAGCUGUAACUCUGGACCCAACCCUAACCCCAAGUGAAUGAAUCUGUGCACCUAGACCUAUACCUCAUCUUCAGCUGAGCCUUAACCCUAACACUAAUCACUAACUUAACCAUAACCCCAACUCUGAACCUAAAUAUAGCACUGGCUCUUUCUUGUCACUAACCCUAACUGGAACCUAGAACUGGUAGAUCUAUGGGGGAGACCUAUGGGGGGAAAAGGGGGAAAGACCCAUUUCAGGGGUAGACCUAUGGGAGAAAAUGUUCUUCAGGUCUCUAGUAAUUAGAUAAUCAAAACUGAGCAAUGAAUCUCAGAAUAAAUGAGUAAUUUAUACGCAGAUCAUCAGCAGACCAUCUUUAACAACAUAUCAUGAUUAGGUAACCUGAGUUUUCGGUUAAAAAUGUCCAAAGGUCUGGCUAUUGUUCCUAGAUGUCCUACAGGACAUACUUGCUUCUGUUGUCUAAUUUCAGAAUGUGUAUUUUACAUUUACCUAAAGGUUGCUGUGAAAAUUUGGUGAAUAUCUCUGAAAGGAAGGUCCAAAUUAAGAGUACAUUUUCAUAGACUUCACAAAGGUGUAGGCUAACCUUGCUCCCAGUCUUCUAGGACUCCCCAAAGUGUAAUACUAUCCUAUUCCAGAAGACUUACAGAAAGCUGGGGCUCUUUCAUUUAUAUCUAAAUCCCGAUGUGACCCAUAGCCAGACCUUACCAGCUGUAACUCAUGUCUGUUAGACUAGCAGUCAUUAAGACAAUGUGCAGUGUUGGGCCCUGGGAAUUAUAGAAGUAAUAUAAGAUACUGUGUGCAUUCAGAGACUUUACGGCCAAGCUGAGGAAAAAAAUGAUUAACAUUCAUUAAACAAUGAGAGAGUAUGACGGGAGAGAAUGUAAUUCAGUGCUGUAUUAUGUGGUACAGACCUGGAUACUGAACUGCUUCAAAGUGUGGACAAUACUUUCUCUUUUCUAUAUAACACUCAGCAGCUUACCAAAACUUUGUAACACACAUUCAAUCUUUCUUAGGAUCCUGGGAAGUUCAUAGAAGGCAGGUAUUAGUAUAAUUGUUCAUAUUUCCAUAUGUAGAAAUAGGCUCAGAGGAGUUAAUUAUAUCCCCCCAACUCUCCCAGCAAAAGCAGCAAAGCAGAGUUUUGAACAUAAGUUGGUCAAUUUCAAAUCCAGUGGGAAUGCAGGUUGGUCAAAUCCAAUGGGAAGCUCAUUCUAUUUCAUGGAGUAAAUGAGACUUGAAUUGGGCCUUGGAGGAUUGAGUAAAAUUUGAAGAAAUGAAAGGAAAUGAGAGUAUUUUGAAUGGGGUAAAUACUUUAAGGAGAAAGCAAGAAGCCAAAAAUGGGAUAGUGAAGAGACAGAGAGGGGAGUGGAUGAAGUAAGAUUGAUUGCAGAAUAUGGGGCUUUGAGAGCCAGGCAAGGGGUUUAUAUUACGUGUACGGUUUCACUAAGAAGUCAGUGAGCGGAUGGUGGCAUAAAGGAAGCGUGUGUGGGAAUCUGAUAGUGCGCAGGUGUAUGGGGAGGAUUAGAACAAGGAGGUCCCAGAGGCAGGAAGGCCAUUUUAGGUCGCUCUGUGGUGUGGCUACAAGGAAGGGCCUGGAAUGGGGUAGUAAGAGUUAGUGUUAAAUGAAAAUAAAUGGGUUAAAAAGAGACGAAUCAAAAGGAUUGACUUAGUGCUCGAUUGAGCAUGAGAGAGGGAGAAAGUGAAAAAAAAUCAAAGAGUUCCAAAUUUCAAAUAACUAGUUCUGUGGCCUCAGGCAAGUCAUAGGAUCUGUCUGGACCUCUCAUCUGAAGACAGUGUGAUGCAGAAGCUGACAGCAACCCUCACCUCACAUGUGACUGAAACUUGUUAUGUAUGCAGAACUAUUGGAUUAAUCAGCUGCUUUAAUUAUGAGGGGCAAUUUUUAAAUGUCUAGAAAGAUAUUCUCAAUAACAUUACUGAAAAUAAUGAAAAAUUGGGAAAUAUCUAAAUGUUCUACAAUGGAGGAAGAAGUAAAUAAAUUAUGACUAUUAUGUGGAAAUUAAAAUCAUAUUUGUACAACAUGGGGACAUAAAUAUUCAAAAUAUAGAGGUAGGUGGAGAAAACAGGACACAAUACUAUCUGAACAUUAUUAAAAAUAAAUAUAUGAGUAGAAAAAAGGACUGGAAGAAAACAUUAAGUGAUUAUCUCUGGCUGAUGGUAAUGUGGCUGAUUUGUAUAAUCACUUUUGUGCUUUGUACUUUUCUGGAAUUUCCAAAUUUUGUACAAUGAAGCUUUUUUCUUUUAUAAUAAGAAAAAAUAUUUAGGGAAAAAAAUGAGAUCGGCCACUACUGUUUAAAAUCUUUAGAUGUGUUGUGUCCCUUCUGUUUAAAAAUAAAAUAUAGAAUAGGUAUGUACAUCCUUCUCUAUCUGACUUGGAAAAUAUCGGUGGGGUGGAAUAGCUUUGAAGAAGUGCCAGAGAUGGAGAGGUGACCUUCUUAGGAAACAGGGAAUAGAGCUGAAGAAGAUUCCGGUACUGCACAGAGCAGAGAUGAGUGCCUUUACUGAAAGAAAAUCGAAUCCUUCUCUGUAAGGUAGUUUGAUCUCUGGAAAAUGCUUACAGCUCAGAUAAAUACAAAAGCAGCUCCGGAAGUAGAUAAGAAUGUAGUUAUGUCACAAUUGCAAACAGUGCUUCAUUGUACAAAGUAUUUCAUUAGGUUUGCUAACCUAAAGGAGACCUUUGCCAGGAUUCCUCUUGGUUUUCCACUAGGACUGCAAAAUGUUUUCAUUGACUGUGCAUUCAGGCACAAGUGGAAAUUGACUAUCCUGUGCAUUAUGAAACAUUUAUGUGUUAAGAAUUUUUAAUAAGCAUUUGUAUAACUAAACAAAAUAUUCAUAGGAAAUAAGACCACAAAUGUGCCCUUGAGGAACAUAAUUGAAAACCAGUAGAAUAAUUCUUAGAAUCUUGAUAUUGAUAUGGAUCCAUGAUAGUUCCUGGCUUUGUGUUCAGUAAACAGGUAAUAUGACGUGACAGGGCUAUUUAUCUGAAGCAAUAUGAAGUGUUACAAUGGUCUUUGACUCAGUUUUCUGCUAAAUAUGUUAUUUCACAUGACCUUGUACUAUCACUUAAGUCAAAACCCAUGGAAUUAUCUUUGGUAGGCAGAUAGUUUCUGACCGUUGGAGCAUUCCUUUUGGUUUAUCUUGGAAUUUGCUUUACAUUUACCUUUGUGGUGUUGUUUUCAGUAAAUAUAUGCUAGUUCAGGGAACUCUCCUCAAAUAGUUUUUUCUCCUCCCUACGAUUUAUAUCGGCCUUGCUAUGUUUCCCCUCACUGUCUGUUCUGGAUGUCACUCUGCCACAUAACAGGUAAAACACACUAGGGUCUGCCAGGGAGAGCUUGAGUUCUCUAAAUACAAAGGUCCCCGAAACGCAAAAAGGCCAAACCUGAAAAGGGUCAGGGUACAACCUCUGAUUUUUCUUUUGGAUCAGCUUGUUAUUAGACUUUGGGUAGGCUCAGCUAUGCUAAUUUUCUUGGCUGUGCUCACAUCUGUAAAAACGGCAUGAAAGUAAACAAAGGAGCAUAGCAAACAGGGGAAAAACUUUCCCACUACCUCUUGCCAUCUCUCAGUUUGUGAUUUUUGCCUAUAUUUUAUGCUGCUCAGUGGACAAAACUGCUUCAUGCAGAGUUGGAGGUUUUUCCCAGUUGUACGAUACUUGUCUAUAUAGGUCGUCAAAGUAAAUACUGUAAGAUCGUUUGCUUAUGAUAUCACCAUAGAUGAUGCCAGAAACAUUAGGAAAACAAAGAUUCGCAUGUCAAUACUAAUUUUUUAAAAGUUGGACCUCAGUAGAAUAUAUUUGCACCUUUAAAAAUAUCUCACAGGAGGAAGGUAAACACUGCUGGGAAGGAAGGAUAGAGGAUGGUAACAGAAUGGGAACUUUAUGGCCUUACUUGCAAAAAUGAAAUAAUUAGGCCGGAGAUGGCUUUUCUAUUGUUGUCCUCUCACCCUGUAGUUUUACUUGAAUGACUGUCAAAAUAAACGACAAGUUAUCACACCGUGUAUAAUCAAUGUGACAUCUGGGGCUCCAUAAGAGGCCACUGUUUCUCUAACUUUAGCUAACCAGUGCACUUCCUGUAGCGUGCUUUGGGUUAAUUGUCAGAGCCAAAGGGUCUGAUUACCCUCGGCUUGUUUUAGAAUCACUUUCUCUCUCUCUCAGCUAGAAGAAAUGUCUCUUGCUGCACUUACCGCAUUCCAGCAUUGAAAAAGCCUGUUCUUUUGACAAAUAUAUACAAGCAAAGAGCUAAUGGGGUAGCUCCAUCCAUUUGAAGAAACUUUUAAAUCGUUUUGUAACUGAUGAUUCCUAAUUUGCUUGAUACAUGUACAUUUUACACCUUUUCCUUGACAAGUGAGCCGAGAUUGUGUGGUGGUUUUCAUUGUGGCCUGAAGUGUAGAAGAGAAGGAGAAUGAGGAAGAAAAUAUUUUUGAGAUUUUACAGAGAGAAGGACUGAGAUUUUCACUCUGUUGUGGAAUCCACUGGAAUAAACAAAGUCAUUCACACCAGGCAGCUUAACUGAACGCAUUUUUUAUAUUUCAAGUUUCUGACACAACCUCAAAGCAAAGAGGAACCUCUCCAAGGACCUAAUCAGAUGCAAGCCUGUGUUGAAGAGAUGAAACCAUAAAGCAUUGAGUUGAUGACAAAGAAGAUAUAAAUGAAACUGUAAUAGCAAAAAUAUUAGAAUAAGAUGUGCAUUUCCACAGAAAAGCUGGACAUCUAAACUUCAAAACACAGAGGCAGAAAAGAUCCAUCUCCUUAUCUUCCUUCCCCAGAGACACCACUAUCAAGAAUCUGGCUGUCAGUGGAACCAUGGGGCCAAGUCAUGUCUGGCCACAGCUGCUGGCAUUUGCAUCCCUGGGCACGGAGGUCUGAAACUCGACCCUGGCAAGAGCCAGCCCUACCCCCUUGGAGGAAAUGGCUGAACAGCCUGAGCAACAGCAGAUGAAAACUUCCUUCCUCUUCAUCCAGCUGCAGGCCCCCCCUGCCCGAGCUCUCCCCUCCCUGUCUCCAGCUGAGGCAGCCUGGACAGCAGCCCCAGGGGGCCCGGAGGAGGGACACAUUUUCCCAAGUCCCAGGACUGGCUUCUUGGCAGGCCAGGACCUCAGGCGCACACAGGGCUCAGCUGCUCCUCCCUCGUGCCUGCCGCAGAAGGGGGCCUCUGGGACAGAGGAACCAGCUGCUUUCAGUUGCUCUGCUCUGAAGGAGGAGGAGAGAGAAGAAACACCCCAGGAUCUGGAUGUAAGGAGGGGUGGCGUUUGCAGAUCCCUACGUCACAGGCCUUCCCUGGCCCCUGCCUCCAGGAAAUUUGGACGACAGCAGCCCCUGUCAUGCAGCCUUCCUAGCCCAGCUCCCGUAAUGAGUGAUGAAAGCAGCAAUCCCUCCAUGGGCUGGGAGCACUGGCCAGCCAUCACUGCCCCCCAGGACCUGGAGAGCACGGCCCCUCGGUCUUGGGAUGCCUUGGGAUGUUCAAUUCCACAGGCCAACCUGGCUCACACCACUGACAGGGGUGAAAGCGCUAUGCUGAGGAAAGAUGUUGCCACCUGCCAGGCACCCCCGAAGAGCUGUGAAGCGGACAUUGGCACCGCAGCGCGAGCUAGGAGAGCCAGGCUCUACAGAUACUGUCCGCGCAUUCAGACCAGCCAGAGCUGCCCGGCCCUGCCUGCCCCUCUGCCUCUCAAGGCAGAGACAUUUGUUUGGGUUAACAAUGCCUCAGCGCAUUCCCAGAGUGUUGCCAAGGCCAAAUAUGAGUUUUUAUUUGGCAGAUCUGAAGAGAAACCUCCAGAUACUAGUGAUCAUGGAGGAAGCACUUUACUGCCACCGAAUGUCACAAAUGAAUUUCCAGAAUAUGGGACCAUGGAGGAGAGUGGAGAAGGCCUAAGAACUUCUCUUGGGUUUGAUACAGAGUCUCUGCCAGGCGGCCCACAGGGGCAGCAGGGGGCCCAGCUUCUCGAUGGCCACCACUCUGGGCCUGACAGUGUUACAGAAGGACCAAAAGAUGUCAGAGAGUCCCUCUCUCAAAGUCACCUCAAGGAACAAAGUUUACAACCCAUUGACUCUUUGAUUUCAACUCUGGAAGCCACAGAAGCCAGAAUAGCUUCAGGAACAUUACAGGCUACAAAGGUACUGGACAAAGAUGCUGUUUCUAGUUUUUCAGUUCAGCAGGUGGAGAGGGAGCUGGAUACUGCCCUUCAUAAAACAAAGAGACACAGAGCCAACAAAUUAUUUCCUGCUGGCCAAGGAAAAGGACCAGAUAUACCUCUUUCAGCUAAAGUUACGACUGAGGAGAAUUCUUAUUUGAGCACCCAGAAGGAUCUGACUGUACUAUUAACUGGAGAGGCUCAGGCAGAGCUUUCCGAGAUAACUGAUAAUGGUAGAAAAGGGGCUCUUCGUGUGCAGGAGCCCGCUCGUCCGGUCUCCUCUCUGGGGAACCCAGCAGCGACCCAUACUUCUGCGGGCAGUGUUGGUUUUUUGAGGGAGAGAAGGUCUGACCAAGGUAGCUCCACAGGACGCCCCGGCCGGGUCAAACAUGUGGAAUUUCAAGGGGUGGAAAUACUGUGGACAGGAGGGGAGAAAAGAGAGAUACAGCACCCUGUGGAUUUUGAGAUCCCAUUGGAAAGGCCGACCUCUCCUGAAAGCAGAGAGUUUUCCAACGUGCCAAGCCAUCUCCUCUCAUCUGCUGGUUUGUAUAAUUCAGUUGGUUUGACAGAGAGUGUUUGGGAUGGAACCUGGAGCACUUCAUCAGAGAAGCCAGACACUAGCUCAGGGACGUUUUCCCCUCUGCCUCUUGUCGACAGUGGAGAGGAUGAGGUCUUCCUAAAGGAAAACAGAGAACAUCCUGAGAAGAAACCUGAACUGGAGAGAGACAAGGGAAGGAUUCUUGAGCAAGAGGAGCACUUUAGGGGAGGAGAUGAUGAUAUCCUUGGGCCUGGGUAUGCAGAGGACUCCACUGAUGUGUACAGCUCCCAGUUUGAAACCAUUUUGGACAACACUUCCUUAUACUACAGUGCUGAGUCCUUGGAGACAUUAUAUUCAGAACCUGAUAGCUACUUUAGCUUUGAAAUGCCCCUAACUCCAAUGAUACAGCAGCGCAUUAAGGAAGGCAGUCAGUUCCUGGACAGGACGUCGGUGGCAGGACAGCAAGAUGUCCUGAGCGUCUCAGCAGAUGGUGGAAUAGUGAUGGGCUAUUCUAGUGGGAUCACCAAUGGGCUGAAUGACACCAGUGACUCCAUCUACAUGAAAGGCACACCAGAGAUUGCUUUCUGGGGAAGACCCCAAAGGAAGGAGUGUAUCUUUCGAGUGGAAGUUCCAGACUGCAAUGCUGGGGUAAAAACAACACUACUAGAGGCUCAUUCUGAGAUGGGGAGCACUGAAAUUCUGGAAAAGGAGACCUCAGAAAGUCUCAGUAAUGGUACCAGCAGCAACGUAGAAGCAGCCAAAAGGUUGGCCAAACGCCUUUAUCAACUAGACAGAUUCAAAAGAUCGGAUGUCGCAAAGCACCUAGGCAAGAACAAUGAAUUUAGCAAACUAGUUGCAGAAGAAUAUCUGAAGUUUUUUGAUUUUACAGGAAUGACACUGGAUCAGUCUCUCAGGUAUUUCUUUAAAGCAUUUUCUCUUGUGGGAGAAACUCAAGAACGAGAGAGAGUUUUAAUACACUUCUCCAAUAGAUACUUUUAUUGUAACCCAGAUACCAUUGCUUCACAAGAUGGGGUCCAUUGUCUCACCUGUGCAAUGAUGCUUCUUAACACAGAUCUCCAUGGCCAUAAUAUUGGAAAGAAGAUGACCUGCCAAGAGUUCAUUGCAAACCUUCAAGGGGUAAAUGAGGGCGGUGAUUUCUCCAAGGAUCUACUGAAAGCUCUGUACAACUCUAUUAAGAAUGAGAAGCUUGAAUGGGCAGUAGAUGAUGAAGAGAAAAAAAAAUCUCCAUCCGAAGGUACUGAUGAGAAGGCUAAUGGAACACAUCCAAAGACCAUCAGUCGGAUUGGGAGCACUACCAACCCAUUCUUAGAUAUUCCUCAUGACCCAAAUGCUGCUGUGUACAAAAGUGGAUUCUUGGCUCGGAAGAUCCAUGCAGAUAUGGAUGGAAAGAAGAGUAAGCACAAUUUGUUGUCAUUGUCUGUUUCGUUUAUUUCAUCUUGAGGCCCAAAAUGUAAAGUGAAUUUAUUUGAAGUAAAGUCAAGGAUGAAGAAAAAUUAUAUUAGGUUUAUCUAGAGAAGUAUUUAACUGAAGUUUGAUGAAGCCUCUAACCCUAAGUCAGAAAUCCAUUGUGGCACCUGCUCUUCUCCAAGUAGAAUUAUAGAGCUUCAGAAAUGGAAGACGUCAUACAGAUUAUUCAUUUCCAACCUUUUAUUCAUUUAUUUACUCUUGCCUUCAACAAAUAAUUCUGGGUACUUAACUAUGUACUAGACAUCAAAAAUGUAGCAGCAGAUGGGAUGGGCAAGGUCCCUGUCUUCAUGGAGUUUACAUCUCUGGUGGUUGAGGGGAAGAGUGAAUUUAUAACACAGCAUAAUCAAUAAUGUAAGAUCCCACAGACAAGGAAGGGAAAGAAUGGCAGUCUGCACACAUUUGAAGGGAUUGGCCUUUAUGGAAGAUGGAUAGGUGUUUCGUAGGCAAGCAUGGUAUAAUUAGUACUGGAAAAUUAAAGGAGUCCAUCUGACGGUUCUGUGAAGUAUAAGACAUCGUUAUCUACUGACAGGUAAUAGUGUUUGAGAUUUGAAAGAAAUGAAGUAUGUUUUAUGCUUAGAAUAACCAAUGCAAAAAGUGAAAUAGCAAUUUGAUAUAGUUGAACAGGCUAAGGUAAGCUAGUAUGUAUGCUCAGAAUUAGUGGGUUAAACCUUUAGGGUGUUCCUACCUACCUACAGACACAAAUAUGCACUGCUUGGAUGGAUAGUACCACUACUUCUAUCUGUGGCUGGGUACUUUGUUAGCACAUUCUGUUGGGUUACAAUCAAGAGAAAUAUUGUAAUAGAGUGGCUUUGACACUGACUUACGAUGCUGAGUAUGUUUCUCAGUUUUUCCAAGUUCCUUAGGAGUACCUCUACCAUAUAUCCUGUACACUCUAUAUACUAGCCUAUUAGACUACUAAAUUUUCUCAAAGAGAAUUGUUUCAGGACUCUUGUAGUGGCAAGUGACAGCAAGUCUAACUGGCUUAGGAAAAAAAAGGCAAGAACACAUUUAAAAUGAAGAAUGUUGCCAGGACCCUUUGUCCAUUUCUGUCUCUGCAUUAUAUUGCAUGUCAACUUUACUCUUUGAAACAGGUCUCUUCUACAUGGCUGGAUAUAUGAUUAUUAGCAGCAUUUUAGAGCAAGUGUUCAAUUUUGUCAACAAAAAGUGUUCUCCUUCUUUCCUGAUUUUGAAUUUACUAUAUUCUGGGUACAACCCUGACUUGUAUGACUGAGAGAUGGAAUACUGUAAUUGUCAGCACUCACUUGGUUGAAAUGCAAAGAGGGAAAGUUCCCUCAAGAAUGAAUAAGAUACAGUUCUCAUAGAAAAGGGGUUCUUUUUGGUGGACAAAGCACUAGAUAUUCAUCUCUUUGUUGCCAGCAUACACACACACCCUUUCUCCAGCCAAUUCAAGCAAAGCUUUUGGUAAACAUAGUACCAUUUUUCAUUUAUAACCACAGAUAUACUUAUCUCUGUCCCACAUGUCAUGCCUAAGAGUGGCUCCCAUCUCCAAGGUUUAAAUUUGCUGGUCAGUGUCCAUUUUCCCUAGGUAAGGAUGUAAAUUCACUCUAUAGGCUAAAUGAAAAAUACAGAAAUAUCUGACAUACUUUAUAUAAAGUACUAAAAGCAAAGAGCAGUAUAACUGCAGUUGAAAAUACCAAUUCAGGAAAGGCAAAAAAGGAAGCAAAACAGCAAUCAUUGGUUCGGUGUAUUUUACUACAUUCUGCAAAGUUAACCUACUUGAGCAUCUUUUCAUUGAUUCACUUCCUUAGCAAUGGAUUGACAUAAUUGAUUAACUAAUUUCAAAGAGUCCCCAGAUUCAUCCUACCAGUGAAAUUUUCUUUCUGUCUUGUUUUCCUGGGACACUUCUAAGGAUUAUUGGAGAGAAUUCCCUUGCUGGAAGCUCUGCUCCCUUAGCAGCCCACUGUAUAUGAGUAUAGGUACAAAACCUGGGAGUUCCUUAGUAGUUGAGCCAUCAUAGACCUUCUAUAUCAUGCUAGAUUUUCCUGCCAAUAUAACCUCCUUUAAAGCCUUAGUUAACUCCUUUGAGAACUUCAGAUUCAUUAGGGCAGUUUUAAGUGUCAUGGGACUUUUAUCUUUUUAGCAACUUAAGAAUUUCUGCCUAGGUGAGGCGCUCCCCCCAAAGACCAGCACAGGCCCCUGUGCACAUCAUGUCCCUAAAGCCUAGAGUGUUAAAAGUCAGCAGGUUUGGCUGGGAUACAGCUCAGAAGGCACUAUACUGUUCCUGGAGAGAAGUCAGACAAACAACCCAGAGGCAGACUAUAGAAACAGCAAUCUGAAAAACACCUGAAACAAACAGUGGGGAGAUUAUUCAUUCUUCUUGGCUUGCCUCCCUGAGAGGCAAGCAUGCACAGAUACUCCUCUCCAGGAACAGAGGAACUGGCUAGGGCCAUUUCCUCCGUCACCCCACAGCAUAAACACAGAGCCACCUGCAGUAAGCAGCACAGUGCCCACACUGGCUGUCUAACCUGCUUAUACCAAGCCUCACAUCCCUGCAAUCUGGUAAUACUGCCCUUCUCAGUGAAGCUUGCCUCAAUCCCAGUGCCACAGGCCCUUUCCACAGAAGACCAGCAGAAGCCCCUGCCCACACCACAGCUGCUGACCAGAGUUCUGCAUGGCUUCAGUUCAAGUGGAACUUUCAGGUCUCAUUUAACACACAGACCAAAGUGAACCUAGUUAAAACAUGCCACAUUCUAGCCAAAGACCAAAUACUUCCCACUGCAGGCAAGGAGAGCCCCUACAGAAACUGGCCCGAAGGAUACAGCAGCCAAAACACAGUAGCAGAGGGCAUGCAGCACACACCAGAGACACUAUCUGAAGUACCAGGCCCUGCCUAUAUGAUCUCUUCUUCAUAAAGCCAUGACUAUCAGGAGCAGGAAACAUACAGGCUUUUCUAACACAGAGAAGAAGAGAGACUUAAACAAAAUGCCCGAGAUCUAAGCAGAACAGAUACAAGUAAUAUGACUGAUGGGGAAUCCAAAGCAACAGUCAUAAGGAUACUAGCUAGCUUGAGAAAAGAAGACCAGGGAGACGCUUACCACAGAGAUAAAAGAGUAAAAAAACAGUCAGAAAUGAAAAAUUCAGUAACUGAGAUUCGAAACAACAAAUGCAACGACCAAACAAUGAUGCAACGAACACAAGGAUGGAAGAAGCAGAGGCACAAAAAAGCAACAAACAAGAUAAAAUAAUGAAACAUAAGCUGAACAAAAGAGAGAAAGAAUUUUGCAAUAUGAGAAUAUACUCAGGGAAUUCAGUGACUCCAUCAAAUGUAAUAACAUUCAUAUAGGUGUACUAGAAGAAGAGCACAGAGAAAAGAAGACAGGGAAUUUAUUUCAGAAAAUAAUAUGUGAAGAUUUCCCUAAUCUGGGAAGAAACAGGCAUCCAUAACUGGGAAGCACCAAGAAAUCCCAUUAAAAUUAACAAAAGCUGGGGUGCCUGGGUGGCUCACUCAAUUAAGCAUCUGACUCUUACAUCUCAGGUCAUGAUCUCAGGGUCAUGAGUUUGAGCCCUGUGUUGUGCUACGUGCUCAGCAGGGAAUCUGCUUAGAGAUUCUCUCUCCCUCUUCCUCUAAUCCUCCCCCACACUCUCUCUCUCAAAUAAAUAAAUCUUUUUAAAAAUCAACAAAAGCUGGCCAAGAACAUGACAUUGUAAUUAAAUUUUGUAAAAUACACUGAUAAAGACAAAAGUCUUAAAAGCAGCAAGACAAAAACAAGUCCCUAACUUACAAGGAAGACCCACAAGGCUAGCUUCAGAUCUCUCAACACAAAUUUGGCAAACUAAGAGGGAGUGGCAUGAUAAAUUCAUAGUACUGAAUGGGAAAAAUCUGCAGCCAAGAAUACUCUUAUCUAACAAGGAAUAGAAGGAAAGAUGAAGAGUUUCCCAAAGAAAAGCUAAAGGAGUUCGUGGCCAUUAAACCAGCCCUACAAGAAAUAUUAAAGGGGACUCUGAGUGGAAAAGAAAGACCAAAGUGACAAAGACAAGAAUGUAAUAGAGAAAAUCUCCCAAAAUAACAAAACAAGUAAUAAAAUGGCACUAAAUACAUAUCUAUCAAUAAUUACUCUAAAUGUGGGGUGCCUGGGUGGCUCAGUCAUUAAGCAUCUGCCUUCGGCUCAGGUCAUGAUCCCAGGGCCUGGGAUCAAGCCCUGCAUCAGGCUCCCUGCUCCUCGGGAAGCCGGCUUCUCCCUCUCCCACUCCCCCUGCUUGUGUUCCUCCCCUCGCUGUGUCUCUCUCUGUCAAAUAAAUAAAUAAAAUCUUUAAAAAAAAAUAAUUACUCUAAAUGUAAAUGAACUAAACACUCCGAUCAGAUACACGGUGUCAGAAUGUAUUAAAAAAAGAAGACCCAUUUAUAUGCUGCCUACAAGAAAUUCAUUUUAGACCUAAAGACACCUGUGCAUUGAAAUUGAUGGAAUGGAGAUAUACUUAUCAUGCAACUGGACAUCAGAGUAAAGCCAGAUUAGUAAUACUUCUAUCUGACAAACUAGACUUUAAACCAAACACUAUGAGAUGAAGGGCAUUAUAUCAUAAUAAAGGGGACAAUCUAAAAGUAAGAUCUAAUAAUUGGAAGUAUUUAUACACACAAUGUGGAAGCACCCAAAUACAUAAAACAAUAACAAACAUGAAGGAAUUCAUUAAUAAUAAUAGAAUAAGAGUAGGGGACUUUAUCACCCCACUUACAUCAACGGACAGAUCAUCUAAGCAGAAAAUCGACAAGGAAACAAUAACUUUGAAUGACACACUGGACCAGAUGAACUUCACAGAUAUAUUCAGAAUAUUUCAUCCUAAAGCAGCAGAACUUACUUUAAUGCAGGUUCUUUUUGAGUGCACAUGGAACAUUGUCCAGAAUAGAUCAUAUACUAGGUCACAAAUCAGGCCACAAAAAGUACAAAAAGAUUGAAAUCAUGCCAUGCAUCUUUUCUGACCAGAGUGCUAUGAAACUUAAAGUCAACCACAAAUAUUAUAUAUAUGUGUGUAUAUAUAUAUAAUAUAUAUAUAUACACCACAAAUACAUGGUGGUUAAAUGACAUGCUACUAAACAAUGAAUGGGUUAGCCAGGAAGUCAAAGAAGAAAUAGAAGCCAGACUUAUCAAAAAGAAAAGAGAAAGGAAUCAAAUAAAAUCAAAAGAGGAGACAAAAAAUAACCACCAACACCACAGAAAUAAAAUUAUAAGAAAUAUUAUUGGGUGCCUGGGUGGCUCAGUCAUUAAGUGUCUGUCUUCAGCUCAGGUCAUAAUCCCAGGGUCCUGGGAUUGAGCCCCGCAUCGGGCUCCCUGCUCAGUGGGAAGCCUGCUUCUCCCUCUCCCACUCCCCCUGCUUGUGUUCCCUCUCUCACUGUGUCUCUCUCUGCAAAUAAAUAAAUAAAAUCUUAAAAAGAAAAAAUAUUAUGAAAAACUAUAUGCCCACAUAUUGGACAACCUGAAAGAAAUUGAUGUAUUCCUAGAAACAUGUGAACCACCAAAACUGAAACAGGAAGAAAUAGAAAACUUGAAGAGACCAAUAACUAGCAAAGAAAUUGAAUUAGUCCAGGGCUAGGUGACUUCAUGGGUCAAUUCUAUCAAACAUUUAAGUGACAGUGAUUACCUAUUCUUUUCAAACUAUUUCAAAAAAUAGAAGAGGUAGGAAAACUUCCACAUUCAUUCUGUGGGGCCACAAUUACCCUGAAUUCAAAAAUAAAGACUCCACUAAAAGAGAGAACUAGAGGCCAAUAUCCCUGAUGCUUAUGGAUGUAUAAGUUCUCAAUAAAAUAGUAGCAAACCAAAUCAAACAGUACAUUAAAAAAAUCAUUCAUCACUAUCAAGUGGGAUUUAUGCUUGGCCUGUAAGGGUGGUUCAAUAUUAGUAAAUAAAUCAAAAUAAUACACCACAAAGAAAGGACAAGAACCAUAUGAUCCUUUCAAUAGAUGAAGAAAAAGCAUUUGAAAAAAACUAUAUAACAUCCAUUCAUGAUGAAAAAAAAAAAGUCCUCAACAAAGUAGGGUUAGAGGGAACAUCCCUCAACAUAUAAUAAAGGCCAUAUAUGGAAAAACCCACAACUAAUAUUCUCUUCAAUGGGGAAGACCUAGGAGCUUUUCCUCUAUGGUCAGGAACAACACAGGGAUGUCUACUCUCACCAUUAUUAUUUAACAUAGUACUGGAAGUCUUAAGCAUCAGCAGACAACAGAAAGAAAGAAAAGGCAUUCAAACUGGCAAGGAGGAAGCCAAACUUUCACACUUCACAGACAUCAUGAUGCUCUUAUGUAGAAAACCCAGCAGACUCCACCAAAAAAUUGCUAAAACUCAUACAUGAAUUUAGCAAUGUCUCAGGAUAAAAAAAUCAAUGUACAGAAAUCUAUUGCAUUUCUCUAUGCCAAUAACAAAGAAGCAAAAAUCAAGGCAUUGAUCCCAUUUAUAAUUGCACCAAAACCUGUAAGAUACCUAGGACUGAACCUAACCAGAGAGGUACUCUGGAAACUAAGGAACACUUAUGAAAGAAAUUGAAGUUUGAGACCUUUACAACAGGUUACUUUCUUUUCUAUUUUCCUAGCAUUUGUGCUAUAGUCAUCUGUUUUCCUUGUGUAUAAAACUCAUAGUACAUUGUGAUUAUUUUUGCUUUAAGUAGAAAUGUAGUUUUUACUUUUACCCACACAUUGACUAUUUCUGGUAUACCAAGUUCCCUUUUUCAUUUUCAAAUUUCCAUUUAGUAUCUUUUCUUUUUCUGCUUAAUUUCCCUUAAUAUUUCUUGUAGUAAAGUCCUGCUAGCAAGAAAUGUUCUCGUGUUUUAUUGGUUUUGAAAAAAAUGUACACUGCAUCUUAAUUUUUGGAAUUUUUGAUUACUGGUUGUAAAAUUAUUUGGCAAUGUUUUCCUUUUCCUUCAGUAAUUUAAAAAUGUUCUAUUUUUCAAUACCCUGUGUGGUUUCAGACAAAAAGCCUGCUGACAUUAUUUAUUUCUCUGUACCUAUCAUGGUUUUAUUUUUUUCUCUCUGGCUGCUUUCAAGAUUUUUCUUUUUCUUUUUGAUUUUCAGUGAUUUUAUUAUGAGCUGCCUUAGUGGGGUUUUUCUUUUUGUUGUCUGGUGUUGAUUGAAGUUCUUGUAUUCAUCAGAUUAUAUUUUUCACCAAUUAUGGAAAUCUUUUAGCCAUUAUUUCUAUAGCACCCACCCCUCUUUCUAGGAUUCUCCUUUCCUAUAUAUUUGACUACUUGAUAUUACACAAAAAGUUCAUUAAGGCUCUGUUCAAUUUUUUUCUAAAUCUUUUUUAUAAUUUCAGAACUUUCUUUAUUGCAUGUCUUCAGUUUUACCAUAGUAUUUGUCAUUUCACACAUAGUAUUUUUUUUUUUUUAAUGAGAGAGUGGAGGGAGGGGCAGAGGGAGAGGAGAGGGAAUCUUAAGCAAGUGUACGCUCAGCACAAAGCCCAACUCAGGGCUUGUUAUCAUAUCCCUGAGAUUCUGUCCUGAGCUGAAAACAAGAGCCACCCAGGCACACCAUAUAUAUAGUAUUCUUUAUUCUUGAAUCUUUUCUAUCCUCCACUUCUCUCAUUAUCAAGUUUUUAAUGUCCUUGAGCAUAUUUUUCAUAUUUACAAGAGCUAUAUUAAGGUCCUUCUCUUUGAUUCUUCUCUCCCUGUGAUUUCCAGAACUGUUACUUUAAUUUUCCUGCUACCUCUAGGUUAUAGUUUUCUUUUUCUUUGCAUUCCUAGUAAUUUUUAUUUGAAUGCCAGAUGUGACAUUUUGGGAGACUGGAUUUAGUUAUAUUCCAUUAAAGAAUGUUGGAUUUUAUCUUAUUGUAUAGAUAAGUAACUUAUGAAUUAACUGAAUCCUUCAGAGGCUUCCCUUUACUCUUUGUCAAGGUAUAUCCAAAUCAACCUUUAUUCUGGAACUUAUUUAGCUUCAUCCUGGGGACUAUUAUUAGUGUUUAGCCUCUAACCCUGGUAUUACAAAGUGUUUCUCUCUUCUGUUUGAUGAAAAUACAGACUAUUUCUACUCCCACAUGAGCUUUUGAAAUUGUUCAUUCCACUACUGUUUGGUUAUUUUUUUCACAUGUGACCACAUCAGUGCUCUAGCCAAGACCUGGGAAUUCCUCUGCAGAUCUCCAGAACUAUCCUCUUGGGUGGCUUUCCUCCCUUGUUCUCUGAUGAACAAAUUCUAGCCACCUCAACCUCACAAAAGUCAGUGCAAGUUCCUAACUAUAGUUUGGCACCCUCUUUCACUAUUGGAUCUUAGAUACUUCCUUCAAGCAGUUAUCUGGGCUUACCUCUUUUGUUCCUUUCUCUUUAGAAUCAAUUCAAAGCUGCCUAAUGUACAACAUCUGGAAACUUUUGUUUCAUAUGUAUUGUUCUGCUUUUUACUUGUUAUGAAAGGAGAGAAGUUUUUGUAGCAGUUAACCUUUCAUGGACAUAAGGAGAACUAAACUGGUUACUGAUCACUUUUGUUAAGAAAUUUUUUCUAGUUGCCUCAGACCUCAAGACUUAAUAUUUACUGAGCUAUGAAAGUGAAAUGGAAUUCUAAUACCAAGGUCCAUGAAGAAAAACUGAGAGCUUUUCCUGUAUGGUCAGGAACAGGACAGAGAUGUCUACUCUCACCACUGUUGAACGUAGUACUGGAAAUCUUAAGCAUCAGCAAUCAGACAACAAGAAGACAUAAAAGACAUCCAAAUCGGUAGGGAGGAAGUCAAACUUUCACACUUCGCAGACAACAUGAUACUCUAUGUAGAAAACUGAACAGACUCCACCAAAAAAUUGCUAAAACUCAUACAUGAAUUCAGCAAAGUCACAGGAUAUAAAAUCAAUGUACAGAAAUCUAUUACAUUUCUCUAUGCCAAUAAUGAAGCAGCAGAAAUCAAGGAAUCGAUCCCAUUUAUAAUUGCACCAAAACCUGUAAGAUACCUAGGAAUAAACCUAACCAGAGAGGUAAAAGAUCUGUACUCUGGAAGCUAUAGAACAUUUAUAAAAAAUUGAAGAGGAUACAAAGAAACGGAAAAGCAUUCCACGCUCAUGGAUUAGAAGAAUAAACAUUGUUAAAAUGUCUAUACUACCCAAAGCACUCUACACAUUCAGUGCAAUCCCUAUCAAAAUACCACCAGCAUUUUUCACAGAGCUCGAACAAAUCCUAAAAUCUGUAUAGAACCACAAAAGACCCCGAAUAGCCAAAGCAAUCCUGAAAAAGAAAAGCAAAGCUGGAGCCAUCACAAUUCUGGACUUCAACCUAUGUUACAGCUCUGUAGUGAUCACAGCAGUUGGUACUGGCACAAAAACAGACACAUCAAUCAAUGAAACAGAAUAGAAAACCCAGAAAUGAACCCACAACUAUAUGGACAACUACUUUUCAAUACAGCAGGAAUGAAUAUCCAGUGAGAAAAAAGACAUCUCUUCAACAAAUGGUGUUGGGAAAACUGGAUGGCAACAUGCAAAAGAAUGAAACUGGACCAGUUUCUUAUACCAUACCCAAAAAUAAAUAAAAAAUGGAUGAAAGACCUAAAUAUGAGAUGGGAAACCAUCAAAAUCCUAGAGAACACAGGGAGCAACCUCUUUGACCUCGGCCAGAGCAACUUCUUACUACUCAUAUCUCUGGAGGGAAGGGAAUAAAAAGCAAAAAUAAACUAUUCUGACAUCUUCAAUUUAAAAAGCUAAUGCACAGCAAAAGAAACAAUCAACAAAACUAAAAAACAGCCUGCGGAAUGGGAGAAAAUAUUUGCAAAUGCCAUAUUUGAUAAAGGGUUAGUAUCCAAAAUAUAUAAAGAACUUGUCAAACUCAACACCUCAAAAACAAAUAAUCCAUUUAAGAAAAAGGCAGAAGACAUGAAUAUAGACAUUUUUCCAAAGAAGACAUCCAGAUGACUAACAAAAACAUGAAAAGAUGCUCAACAUCACUCAUCAUCAGGGAAAUACAAAUCAAAACCACAAUGAAAUACCACCUCACACCUGUCAGAAUGGCUAAAAUGAACAAAACAGGAAACAACAGAUCUUGGCACAGAUGUGGAGAAAGGGGAACCCUCUUACACUCUGUUGAUGGGAAUGCAAACUGGUGCAGCCACUGUAGGAAACAGUAUGGAUGUUCCUCAAAAUGUUAAAAAUAGAACUACCCUUGUGACGCAUCAAUUGCACUACUAGGUAUUUAUCCAAAGGUUACAGAAAUACGGAUUCAGAGGGGCACCUGCACCCUGAUUUAUUAGCAUUAUCAACAACAGCCAAAUUAUGGAAGGAGCCCAAAUAUCCAUUGACUGAUAACUGGAUAAAGAAAUUGUGGUAUAGGUGUUAAGGAGUUAAGGUGUAUAGGAGUUAAGAUGGCAGAGUAGUAGGGGUACCCUGGUCCUGCCUCUCCCUUGAACACAGCUAGGGUAAUAUCAAAUCAUUUUAAACACUGAGGAAAUUGAUCUGCAGAUUAAGAGAACAGUCUGCACAGUUAGAGGGACUCUGAGAAUGUGGCAUGUACAAGGUGCAGUGAUGUGAAUUGGAGGAGAGAAAAGCCAUGGUGCUGUGAAGGGGAGGAGGGAGCACUUUCCAUGGAGGAAGGAGAGUGAGAGAAUGAGAGAGGGGGACAGAGAGCAGCAUGUUGGUUCACACAGGAAAAACACUUCCCCAAAACCAUUGACUGGGGAAUCCAGAGGAAUGGACUUUUGCAAGUUUUUACAAGCAGGAGAGUUCAAAGUUUGAAAUUUUAGAAGAUAGUGCCAUUCACAGGAGUCCAGUGGGGGGGUGGGCAGCAUUUCUCCUGGAGAGGAGGGCGGAGACCUGGGAGCAGAAAGUAUUGUGUAGGGAUCCCCUGGGUCACACUGGGAGAGAAUAUUCCCCUUCCUGGGGUACAUCUGGAAGAGGGUAUAUUGCCUCUCCAAGGAAAAAAUACCCUCCAGGCACCAUUGAGCAGCUGUUCAUUAGCAAGGUCCAGAAGUAUGCACAGAGGGCAGAUAACCUGUUCACAGCUUUUCAUUGUGCUUUACCAUAAACUCCAAGCACCUGCACUGCCAUGCAGCUGCUCUCCUGGGACAGAACAGCACCAGACACAAUGUGGUGAGGCUCGGCUCCAGAGGAGGGGAGUGAGUCCACGCCAUAGCAGGUCCUUUAAGAUUUGGAAUUUUGUAUCCCAUCCAGGCACCAGACAUAAAACACAGGAGAACUGUGGCGCUGGAUGUGCCCAUGGCUCAGGCACAGACAAAUUGAGGGCAGGGAUCAGCCUGGGACACCAGAAGGGAGGUUGUUCAAUUUUCUUUUAGGGCUUUCUGAGCAGUGUCAGCCCGAGCUCCCCUCUUUGGGAUGAGAGAUCGAGUGAUGCCAUCUUUCCCUCUACCAACAGCAUGAUUGGACCUCAGUGAACAACACAGCACCCCCGGUGGAGUCUUGAGCCACUUACACCAAACCCCACCCCCCUGUGCCCUUGCAGGUGCAUCUUUACUACAACAGGUUGGACUAUGAGCCAGCGCAGCAGGUGUCUCCCACAAAGGAGUAGCAUAAGCCCCCUGCAUGCGCCAAGUCUACUGAUCAUAGAGUGCUCCAAAGUGUCAACUUCAGUUCUGAUGGAAGUAGGACCAGGCUUUCUUUUUUCUUUUUCCUUUGGAAUCAGGUUUAUAGUUUACAGUUUUCUGUUUGUUUGCUUUUCUCUUUUUUAGUAUCAGGCUUUUUUUUUUUUUCUUUUUUUUCUUUGGAAUCAGACUUACUGCUUUUAGUUUGUGUAUUUUUGGGGUUUUUGUCCUUUUCUCUCUUUUUGGAUCAGGUUUAAAAAAAACAGGCUUGUUGUAUCAAACAAAUCAAAGCAUACCUGGUUAAAUGUCUAAACACUCCCCACUACAAGCAAGGAGGAACUCUGAAGAGGACUGACCAAUGGGAAAGGGAGCCAAAACACAACAGCAGAGUGCACAGCAUACACCAGAAACACUUCCUGAAGUGCCAGGCCCUGGACAGUGUAUUACCACUUCUUGAUAUAGCAUUACUCUCAGGAGCAGGGAACAUAACAAGCUUUCAUAACACAUAAAAGACAGAAACCUAGACGAGACAGGAUGGAGGAAUUCUCCUCAAAAGAAAGAUCAAGAAGAAAUCACAUCCAGGGAUUUACUCAAAACAGAUAUAAGCAAUAUAUCUGAACAAGAAUUUAGAACAGCAGGGCGCCUGGGUGGCUCAGUCGUUAAGCGUCUGCCUUCGGCUCAGGUCAUGAUCCCAGGGUCCUGGGAUCGAGUCCCACAUCGGGCUCCCUCCUCGGGGGGAGGCCUGCUUCUCCCUCUCCCCCUCCCACUGCUUGUGUUCCUGCUCUCGCUAUCUCUGUCUCUGUCAAAUAAAUAAAUAAAAUCUUUAAAAAAAAAAAAAAUUUAGAACAGCAGUCAUAAGAAUACUGGCUGGGCUUGAAAGAAGCAUAGAAGACACUGGAGCUACCCUUGCUGGAGAGAGAAAAAAAACCUAAAAAGUAGUCAGGCAGAAAGAAAAAAUGCUAUAAUUGAGAUGCAAAACUGAAUGGAUAAAGUCAAAAUGAGGAUGGAAGAAUCAGAGGACACAGUAGGUGAUGGAGAAGUUAAAAUUAUGGAACAUAAUGAAGAUGAAGAGAAGAGGGGAAGAAAACUGUUCGAUCACGAAGUUAGGCUUAAGGAACACAGCAACUCCAUAAUGUGCAAUAAUAUCCAUAUCCUAGGAGUCCCAGAAGAAAAGCGAGAUAAAGGGGCAGAAGGUUUAUUUGAACAAAUUAUAGCUGAGAACAUUCCUAAUCUGGGGAAAGAAACAGGCAUUCAAGUCCAAGAGGCACAGAGAACUCCCCUCAAAAUCAACAAAAACAGAUAAACACCAUGACGUAUCAUGGUGAAACUUGCAAAAUAUAAAGAUAAAGAGAAUUCUGAAAGCAGCUAGGGCAAAAAAAAAAGUCCUUUACCUACAAGGGUAGACAUAUAAGGUUAGCAGCAGACCUGGCCACUGAGGCUUACAAGGCCAGAAGAGAGGGCAGGAAAUAUUCAACAUGCUAAGUGGGAAAAAUAUUUAGCCAUGAAUACUUUAUCCAGGGGGUGGCUCGGUUGGUUAAGCGUCUGCCUUUGGCUCAAGUCAUGAUCUCAAGGUCCUCGGCUCAGCAGGGGAGUCUGCUUCUCCCUCUCCCCCUGCUUGUGCUCUCUCUCUCUCAAAUGAAUAAAAUCUUAAAAAAAAAAAAAAAAAGAACACUUUAUCCAGCAAGGCUGUCAUUCAGAAUAGAAGGAGAGAUAAAGAGUUUCCAAGACAAGCGAAAACUAUAGGAGUUAGUGAAUUCUAAACCACCUGUGCAAGAAAUAUUAAAGGGAACCCUUUGAGCAGAAAAGAGAGACCAAAAACAACAAAGACUAGAAAGGAACAGAGACAAUCUAUAGAAACAGCAACUUGACAGGUAAUACAAUGGCACUAAAUUCAUACCUAUCAAUAUUAUUCUGAAUGUACAUGGACUCAAUGCUCCAACAAAAGACACAGGGUAUCAGAAUGGAUUAAAAAAAAAAAAAAAGACCUAUUGAUACACUGCUUACACAAGAUGGACUUCAGACCCACAGACAUCUCCAGAUUCAGAGUGAGGGGAUGGAGAACCAUUUAUCAUUUAUCAUUUUAAUGGACAUCAAAAGAAAGCUGGAAUAGCCGUACUUAAUAUCAGACAAACAACAUUUUAAACCAAAGACUGUAAUAAGAGAUGAAGAAGGACACUGUAUCAUAAUAAAAGGGUCUAUCCAACAAGAAGAUCUAACAGUUGUAAAUAUUUAUGCCCCUAACUUCAGAGCAGACAAAUAUAUAAAUCAACUAAUAACAAGGAAAAUCAUUGAUAAUAAUCCAAUGACAGUAGGGGAUUUUAAUACUCCACUCACAGCAAUGGACAAAUCAUCUAAGCAGAAAAUCAACAAGGAAAAAGGGCUUUGAAUGACACACUGGACCAGUUGGACUUCACAAAUGCUUCAGAGCAUUUCAUACUAAAGCAGCCGAAUACACAUUCUUUCCAAGUACACAGGGAACAUUCUCCAGAAUAGAUCACAUACUAGGUCACAAAUCAGGCCUCAACCAGUACAAAGACAUUGAGAUUAUACCAUGAAUAUUUUCAGACCAUAAUGCUGUGAAACUUGAAGUCAACCACAAGAAAAAUUUGGAAAGACCACAAAUACGUGGAGGCUAAAGAAUAUUCUACUAAAGAAUGAAUGAGCUAACCAAGAAAUUAAAGAAAUAAAAAAAUACAUGGAAGAAUAAAAAUGAAAACAUGACAGUCCCAUACCUUUGGCAUGCAGCAAAGGUCGUCAUAGGAGGGAAGUAUAUACCAACACAGGCCUUCCUUAAGAAGCAAGAAACGUCUCAAAUAUACAACAUAAUGUUACACCUAAAGGAGCUGGACAAAAAAUAGCAAAUAAUGCCUAAAACCAGCAGAAGGAAAUAAUAAAGAUUAGAACAGAAAUCAGUGAUAUAUAAAUCAAAAAAACAGUAGAACAUAUCAAUAAAACUAGGAGCUGGUUCUUUGAAAGAAUUAACAAAAUCGAUAAACCCCUAGCCAGACUUACCAAAAAGAAAAGAGAAAGGACCCAAAUAAAUAAAAUCACAAAAGAGGAGAGAUCACAACCAACACUGAAUAAAUACAAAUGAUUAUAAAAGAAUAUUAUGAGCAAUUACAUGCCAAUAAAUUGGGCAAUCUGGAAGAAAUGGAUAAAUUCCUAGAAUCAUAUAAGCUAUCAAAACUUCAGGAAGAAAUUAAAAAAUUAGAACAGACUCAUAACCAGCAAAGAAAUUGAGUCAGUAAUCAAAAAUCUCCCAACAAACAAGAGUCCAGGGCUGGAUGGCUUCCCAGGAGAAUUCUUCCAAACACUUAAGAGUAAUACUGAUUUUUCUGAAACUAUUCCAAAAAACAGAAAUGGAAGGAAAACUUUGAAACUCAUUCUAUGAGGCCAGUAUCACCUUGAUUCCAAAACCAGACAAAGACUCCAUUAAAAAGGAGAAUUACAGGGCGCCUGGGUGGCUCAGUUGGUUGGGUGACUGCCUUCGGCUCGGGUCAUGAUCCUGGAGUCCCGGGAUCGAGUCCCGCAUUGGGCUCCCUGCUCGGCGGGGAGCCUGCUUCUCCCUCUGACCCUAACCCCUCUCAUGUGCUCUCUCUCAUUCUCUCGCUCUCAAAUAAAUAAAUAAAAUCUUAAAAAAAAAAAAAAAAAAAAGAAUUACAGACCAAUAUCCCUGAUGAACAUGGACUUAAAAAUUCUCAACAAAUACUAGCAAAUUGAAAGCAACAGUACAUUAAAAAAAUUAUUCACCACAACCAGGUGGGAUUCAUUCAUUGGCUGCAGGGUUGGUUCAAUAUACCCAAAUUAAUCAAGAGAAAGAAAUAAAAGGCAUCCAAAUCGAUGAAGAAAUCAAACUUUUCCUCCUCACAGACGACAUGGUACUCUAUGUUGAAAACACAAAGACUGUACCCAAAAAUUGCUAGGACUUAUACAGGAAUUCAGCAAAGUGGCAAGAUACAAAAUUAAUGUACAGAAGUCAGUGGCAUUACUAUACACUAACAAUGACCCAGAAGAAAGAAAUUAAGGAAUCGAUCCUAUUUAUAAUUGCACAAAAAAACCAUAAGAUACCUGGGAAUAAACCUAACCAAGGAGGUAAAGGAUCUGCACUCUGAAACUAUAAAACACUCUUGAAAGAAAUUGAGGAAGAUAAAAAGGUGGAAAAACUUUCCAUGCUCAUGGAUUGGAAGAACAAAUAUUGUUAAAAUGUCUGUGCUUCCCAGAGCAAUCUAUACAUUCAAUGCAAUCCCUAUCAAAAUACCAUCAACAUUUUUCGCAGAGCUGAACAAAUGAUACUAAAAUUUUUAAGGAACCAGAAAAGACCCUGAAUAGCCAAAGGAAAGUUGAAAAAGAAAACCAAAGCUGGUAGCAUCACAAUACCAGACUUCAAGCUAUAAUAAAAAGCUGUAAGCAUCAAAACAGUAUGGUACUGGCACAAAAACAGAAACAUAGAGCAGUGGUAUAGAAUAGAGAACCCAGACAUGGACCCUCAACCCUAUGGUCAACUAAUCUUUGGCAAAGCAGGAAAGAAUAUCCAAUGGAAAAAAGUCUCUUCAGUGAAUGGUGUUGGGAAAAUUGGACAACAACAUGCGGAAGUAUGAAACUGGACCACUUUCUUACACCACACAAAAAUAAAUUCAAAAUGGAUGAAAGACCUAAAUGUGAUUCAGGAAACCCUCAAAAUCCUACAGGAGAAUACAGGCAGAAACCUCUUUGACCUUGGCUGUAGCAACUUCUUACUAGACACGUUGCCGUAGGUAAGAGAAACAAGCUAAAUGAACUAUUGGUUGGGGCAUCUGAGUGGCUCUGUAGGUUAAGCAUCUGCCUUUGGCUCAGGUCAUGAUCGCAGGGUCCUGGGAUCAAGCCAUGUUGGGCUUCCUGCUCAGUGGGGCAUCUGCUUCUCCCUCUCUCUCUGCCCCUCCCCCUGCUCAUGCGUGCGCGCUCUCUCUCAAAUAAAUAAAUAAAACCUUUUUUAAAAAGAUAAAAACUUAUGCACAGCAAAGGAAACAAUCAACGGAACUAUAAGGCAGCCUACAGAAUGGGAGAAGACACUUGCAAAUGAUAUACCUGAUAAAGGGUUAAUAUCCAAAAUCUGUUAAGAACUUGGCAAACUCAACACCCAAAAAACAAAUAACCCAGUUAAGGAAUGGGCAGAAGACAUGAAUAGACAUUUUUCCAAAGAUGACAUCCAGAUGGCUAACAGACACAUGAAAAGAUGCUCAAUAUCAUUCAUCAUCAGGGAAAUACAAAUCAAAACCACAAUGAAAUACCACCUCACACCUGUCAGAAUGGCUAAAAUUAACAACACAGGAAACAAGAGAUGUUGGCGAGAAUGCAAGUAAGAACCCUCUUGCACUGUUAUGGGGAAUGCAAACUGGUUCAGCCACUUGGGAAAAUAGUAUGGAAGUUCCUCAAAAUGUUCAAAAUAGAACUACCCGACGACCAAGCAAUUGUACUACUAGGUAUUUAACCAAAAGCUGCAAAAGUACAGAUUCGAAGGGGUACAUGCACCCCUAUGUUUGAAGCAGAAUUAUCAACAAUAACCAAACUAUGGAAAGUGCCAAGCAUCCAUAGACUGAUGAAUGGAUAAAGAAUAUUUGGUGUAUGUAUACAAAGGAAUAUUACUCAGCCAUCAGAUUGAAUGAAAUCUUGCCUUUUGUAAUGAUGUGGCUGGAACUAGAGUGUAUUCUACUAAGUGAAAUAAGUCAGAGAAAGACAAAUACCAUAUGAUUUCACUCAUAUGUGGAAUUUAAGAAACAAUACAAAUGAACAGAAUGGAUGGGUAGGAAAAAUACAAUAAGAUAAAAAUAGAGAGGGAGGUAAACCAUAAGAGACUCUUAAAUACAGAAAACAAACAGGUUUGCUGGAGGGGUGGUGGGUGGGGAAUGGGCUAAAUGAGUGAUGGGAACUAUAGAGGGCCCUUGUUGUGAUGAGCAGUCGGUAUUAAUAUAUAAGUGAUGAAUCACUAAAUACUACUCCUGAAACCAAUACUACACUAUAUGUUAACUAACUUGAAUUUAAAUAAAAGUUGGAAGAAAAAAAAAAUGUAUGUCCUGGAGAUCAAAAGUAAAGUAUAGUGAAUAUAGACAACAAUAUUGUAUUGUAGUCCUCAAACUUGCUAAGAGACUAGAUCUUAAUUACGCGUACCAUGAAAAAAGAAAUGACUGUGAUCGACAUGAUAGCAGUGCUAACUAUUGCUACAAUGGCAAUCAUAUCACAGUAUAUAAAUGUAUCAAGUCAACAUGUUGUAUACCUAAAAUUUACAUAAUGUUAUAUGUCAAAUAUAUUUCAAAAAAAAUUAAACUGUAACUGAACAAAAGAAGACUUUCGGUAAAGAGCAUAUACCAAAAUCCUAUUUCCAACAUCAUACUUACUAGUGAAGGACUGAAUACUUUCCCCCUGAGAUUGGGAAGGGGGCAAGGAUUUAUAUGCUUACCACUUUUACUCAACAUAAUACUGCAAUUCUAGCCCGUACAAUAAGGCAGGAUAAAAAAAUUAGAAAAUUAGAUGGAAAAAUAAAACUGUCUCUAUUCACGGAUGACAUGAUUGCUAUAUAUAAACUUCUAAGGAAUCUACCAAAAAGUCCUAGGAUUUACUGCAAAAGAAAAAUCAUAGUAUUUAGUGUGAGGUCAGCCUUGUUGCAGAUUAAAAGAUCUACACAAUAAAAUAUAUCCCGUUUCUAUAUACUAACAAUGAAUAUGUGGAAACCAAAUUAAAAAUGCAAUUUCAUUUACAAUUACUUUAAAGAAAAUAUAUUACUUAGUGUGAUGGAUUGAAUUGUGCCCCCAGUGUGACUUCAUUUAGAGAAAAGGGUUUUAGGAAUUGAGGUUAAAUGAUGUCCUAAAGUUAGAAUCCUAAUCCAAUAGGAUUGGUGGCCUUAAAAGAAGAGGAAGAUCUCUCUCUUUCAGUCCCUCCACAUGUAUGUACUAUGGAAAUGCCAUGUGAGUACUUGAGGAGAGCUCUUACUAGAAACCAACCAUGCUUAACAUCCUGAUCUCAUACUUCCAGGCUUCAGAACUGUGAGAAAAUAAAUUCCUGUUCUUUAAGCCACACAAAUUAUCUGAUAAUUUGUUAUGGUAGCGCAAGCGGACUAAGACACUUAGGUAUGCACUUAAAACAUGUACAAGUAUUUGUGUGCUGAACAUUACAAUAUUGUGAUGAAAAUAAUCAAAGAACUAAGUAAAUGGAGAGGCAUACUAUGUUCAGAAGUAGGAAAAUUCAACAUAGUGAAGAUGUCAGUUUUCUCCAAAUUGAUAUAUAGGUUUAAUGCAACUUAAUAUCCAAAUUCUAGCAAGAUUUUUGUAGACAUAGUGAAGCUUAUUCUAAAAUUUAUAUGGAAAGUCAGAGGCCCUGAAUAGCUUAAAUAAUCUUGAAAAAGAAUAAAGUGUCAGGAAUAACUUUAUGAGAUACGAAGUCUUACUAUGUAGCUACAUUACUCAAGACUGUGGUAUCAGUGCAUGUAUAGUCACACAUAUCAGUGGUGCAGGAUAGUGAGCCCAAAAUAACCACACAGGUAUGUUCAUCUUGUUGUUUACAGUGGUGCAAGAACAACUUAGUGGAAGAAGGAUAGCUUUUUCAACAAAUGGCAGCGAGGCAAUUGGACAUCCAUAGGCAAAAAAAAAAAUCUUGACCUAAACCUAACACCUUAUAUAAAAAUUAACUCAAAGUACAUCACAGAGUUAAAUAUAAAACUUUGAAAACUUGAAGGAUAAAAACAUAAAAUCUUUGGAGUUUAGGGCCAAAGAGUUCUUAGGCCUGACAGCAAAAGCAUGAUCAAUAAAGGAGAAAUUGAUAAAUUGGAUCUCAUAAAACUUAAAAACUCUGCAAAACCCAUAGUAAAGAGGAUAAAAAAAAUAAGGACAGACAACAGGAAGGUAUUUGCAAAUCAAAUCUCCAACAAGGAACUGCUAUCAAGAAUAUAUAAAUAGGUCUCAAAUCUCAACAGUAAAAAAAAAAAAAAAAAAUCCAGUUAAAAAUGGGCAGAGACAUUAAAAGACUCAAAAUAAAAACACAGUGAGAUAUUGCUAUACACCUAUCAGAAUGGCUAAAAUAAAAGUCAGUGACAGCAUCAUGUGGUGGGGAGGAUAUGGAGACAUAGAAUCACUCUGCAUUGCUGGUGAGAAUGUAAGAUGGCACAGCCACUCUGGGAAAUAGGUUGGCAGUUUCUUAUAAAACUAUGCAAUUAUUAUGUGCUUCAGCAAAUGCCCUCUUUAUAUUAAAUAAAAACUUAUGGUCACACAGACACCUAUACACAAAUGUCCAUAGUAGAUUUAUUUGUCAUUCCUAAAAAUUGGAAACAUGCCAGAUGUCCUUCAAUGGGUUAAAUGUUUAAAUAAACUGUAUUAUAUACACAUCAUGGAAUACUACACAGCAAUAAAAAAUUAACUAUUGAUACACCAGGCAACUUGGAUGAUACAGAGUAUUAUUCUGAGUUUAUAAAAGCCCAUCUUAAAUAGCUACAUACUAUUUGAUUUCAUUUAUAUAAAAUUUUGGAAAUGACAAAAUAUUAGAAAUGUUGAACAGAUUUGUGGUUAGUAACUGCAAUGAUGGGACAUGAAUUUAUAUAUGUGAUCUAAUUGCAAUGAACGUAUUUUGUGCCAGUCUCAGCUUAUCAAUAACCAGUGUUCUGGCUGGACUGGCCCUUGUGGUUCUUAUCAUGACUGCAAGAUGCCCUCAGCAGCAAUCAUUAGGUAACUUUGAAAAUGAGUUUUAUUACUUACAAAAAGGAAGGAAGGAAGGAAAGAAGGAAAAGAAAGAAUUUAUUGUGUGUGUAUAUACACACACACACAGAGAGAAUAUUACCCAGCCAUCAAAAAGAAUAAAAUCUUGCCAUUUGCAACAAGGUGGAUGGAGCUGGAGCGUAUUGUGCUAAGUGAAAUAAGUCAAGUCAGUGAAAGACAAAUAAGUGAUUUCAUUCAUAUGUGGAAUUUAGGAAACAAAACAGAUGAACAUAGGGAAAGGUGGAGAAAGAGAGAGAGAGGGAAGCAAUCCAUAAGAGACUCUUAAGGAUAGAAAACAAACUGAGGGUUGUUGGAGGGGUGGUGGGUGGGGGAUGGGCUAAAUGAGUGAUGGGUAUUAAGGAGAGACUUGUUGUGAUGAGCACUGGGUGUUGUAUAUAAGUGAUGAAUCACUAAAUUCUACUCCUGAAGCCAGUAUUAGACUGUAUGUUAACUAACUAGAAUUUAAAUAGAAAUUUAGGGGGAGGGGUAGGAAACCACUAAAAAAAAAAAAGAAUUCUAAGCAUUUGAGUACAGUUGAACUCUUUAGAUAUGUAUUUGGAGAUCCUGAAAGGAAAUUUUUGGCUUCCCAGCUAAUCUUCUCCAUGCUCUCCCCAACCCCUAUUUGUUGAACUUUCAGUCAUAUCUAAGAUAGUUGAACUGGUUUAUCUCAGUGAUAGACUGCUACUGCUUCUUAGAAAUAUACCAGAGUGGCUGAACUGCUUCUGAAUGCAUAGAUGGUCACUAUAAGUAAAUUUGGAAUAUAUUUUAUGUUACUCAUAUCUAAUGUGUUUUGAAAAUUAUCACUUUUCAUUUCUAAUACAUUAAAACAAAUUAGAACAACAGUGGAGUUUAUUUGGAAUAGGUGCUUCAAAUAAUUUUUGAGAAAUCUGUGUGAUGACACCUUUUGGACAUACUUAUCCUGCAAAAUCUGUAGACAUUUAUUUGGGUUAUAAUGUUCAGUGUUGCUAGAACUGUAUUGCAUUUGCAUAUAUAUGUAAACAUAGCCAGGUGCUAUGAUAACAGAUAUUACUAAAAGUUUUUAAUAAGUGAAGAUUUGGGUUGAAACUCUGUGGAGAGAUUAAAACCCUGAUUAACUUGUCUCUAAAAGACCUCUUAUCUGACUCUAUAUUUGAUAUCUUUAACUUUUUUAAAUUAACUCUAAGGACUCAGUUUGUGAGAUUGCAUCUGUAAUUGCUCGUAAACAUUUUUAAAAGCCUUGGAGCAUUUCUUUGCUUCAUUUAAUUAAUUUAUUUAGCCUUUAAAAAAUAUGCUCAAAUCAGAAAUUCUACCUCCAGGAGACAAAUCAUGAUGGAAAGCAAAUGUAUCUCUCAUAGAAGUAUAUGUGUUUAUCAGACUCAUUAAAUCUGACAUUAAGGUAAAGUUUUGAACAGUCACAUUUGGAAAACAAACUAUAUUUUCUGAUUUUGUCAUGUAAAAUAAAAAACAAAAUUCAGUAUAGCCUCUUAGUUUUAUUAACCUGAUGUAAGAAAUUUGUGGAAAUCAAAGUGACUGGAAACAAGGUAUUCAAAAUAUAAAUGUUCUAAAAUGAAGAUAAUAACAGUGAUAAAGGUGACAAUCAGUAUUAAAGCUUUAUCAUAAGCACUUCAUGCAUUAACUCAUUUAAUGUUCACUCUGUGAAGCAAAUAUUAUUAGUAUCCCCAUUUUAUUAAGGAGAAAAAUGAUCUUAAACCUCUUAACCAAGGCUGCAGUAGAGAAUUGCAAGACAU